ACUUCUCUAUCAAAAAGUGCUCUCAAAUGGAGAAACUUCCACACUCUAUAGGGAAAUUAGUAUCAUUGUCUAAGUUGGAUAUAUCAUCCUCAAGAAUUACAAGUUUACCUGAUUCAAUUGGCAAUGCAAAACAUCUGUCAUUCCUAAAUCUAUCAGGCACACCAAUUGUGGGACUUCCAAUUUCCAUCGGAGAGCUUACGCGACUCGAGUUUCUUUCACUCAAAGAUUGUCGAAAUUUGGGGGAGCUUCCAGAAUCAUUAGGCAACUUGACAUCAUUACAGAAGUUGAAUCUCUCAAGGACAAACAUUGUUGAGUUACCUAAUUCGAUAAAAAAUCUGAAGCAACUCAAGGUGAUGAGGAUGGGAUUUAGUCCAAUAAGGAGGUUACCUGCUAGUAUUGAAAUGCUAGAGAAGUUGGAGGAACUCUAUGCCGAACAUUGUGAACAAUUUGCAGGCGAACUUCAGACUCAAAUUGGCAAACUAUUUUCUUUAAGUGUCCUCGACAUUUCAUAUACUCGUAUUAGUGCAAUGCCGAAGGCAAUCGAUUAUCUCACACGACUCCAAAAGCUGGAUUUGACACAUUGUAAUGAACUUCAAGAGUUGCCAAAGCUUCCCUCGAGUUUGCGUUGUCUACGUGUUCACUCGGCAUCAUUGCGGUCAGUUCUUGAUCUCAGUAACCUCACGAAUCUAGUGGAAAUGCUUUUGUCUAACGGCUUUGGACAAGCACUUGCCCAACCAUCAAACCCAAUGCAAACUUUCCAAUUGCAAUGGAUUGGAAAGUUAUCUAAGCUAGAGAAGUUGAGCUGGGGCCUUUCAAAUUUUCCCAUUUCGUCAAUAGAGUUGGGUUGCCUAUCUCGACUUAGAGAACUCACUUUAUCUAGCAUGGACAAUUUUGACUCAAUAGUUGUUGGACCACAAUUUUUCAACUUGAAAUAUUUGUCCAUAUUGUGCCUUCAUAGUUCUCCACUGAGGGAAAUUCAAUUGGAUGGGCUUGAAUUAUUGAGAAAUUUAGGUGUGAGAGAAUGCGAGUUUCUCGAGCGACUGUCAGUAAUUUCAUCAAGUUUGAGGAAGCUCUGUAAAAUGGAAGUUUUAGAUUGCCCAAAGCUACUUGAAAUUCAAUUUCCCAGUACAAUGGAAUCAUUAGAGGAACUUCGAGUUGGCUACUGCGAUUCCUUGGGAGGGUUGCAUGGUUUAUCAAACUUGAAGAAGCUGAAGGCUUUGCGGAUCUACCAAUGCAAUGGGCUACGGGUUGUUGAGGGCCUUGAAGAAUUGGAGCUUUUGGGUAUUUUGUAUUUUUCCAGGUGUGGAUCGUUGGAAAGGUUGACUGAUGUAUCCAACUCAAAGAUACCAAAUGAAUGCAUGAUAGAAGUAUGGGGUUGCAUGAAACUAAGUAGUUAUGAGGGCACUUACCGGGAUUAUAAAGAGAUGAUUCUUGUCAGGAUGAAAAUGACAUUCAACGAGGAGGAUGAAAUGGAGGAGAACGACCGCAUUGAUUUUUCCACGGGCAUAUUAGAAUGUAUCUGCAAUCCCUUAUCGUUUUUUCAGGGAGGAGUCUUCGGAGGCAGACAGGAUGAGUAAAUUGUCUUGCGGGAUAAUGCAGACGUGGAGUCAGGAAAAAUUGAAUUGAUCUCUAUGCAUUUUGGUUAAGGGUACAAAACUAAAUCGAUGGCUCCAAGAGAAUGCUUUCACUCUUUUUGAUGAACUCAAGUGCACAGAGGUCGAGGGACCAGUUUCCUGGAAACAGGAAUGCAGUUUGCAUGUGGAUUUACUCUGCUUCGAGGAUUUGCUAACUGUCCAUUCGUUGAGAGAAGAUGCAAGGGAAACAGAUGCAGAAGAAUCAGUGAUGGAGACCCUAACUACUAUUCUCAGAACUUGUCAUUGACUAUAGGUUUUCUAUGGUCUCCAGAACCCGAUACUGAGCUCGAUUCUACAAGCUUGAAUAAUUCCAAGUUCUUCCACGAACCGCAUCUUCGGAUGUUUCCAGAAGUUUAUGUUCAAUUCUAUAAGCAAAAUUUUACUGAUUCUAGCAAUGGAGAGAUGAAUGAAUUCACAAUGUGGUCGAGUUUGGGAACCUGUGAAAUUGCCAGAAGUAAUGGAGUUUGCUCUAAGGACAUGUCCCCCCUCUCCCGGGUCCAUCACAAGAGAAAAUUUUUGUGGAUUUGUCCGAGAUAUGGAGGAGAGCUCUAUUCCUAUGUGCUACCGAUGAAUGACGGCUGCUUCAAUUUGAUGCUCAAUAUCAGCAAUAAAUGUUUCGAGCCUCUCUUUUCCCUCUGCAAGCUAAGCCUUCUUUCAAAGAUCUCUCCCUCAUAACAAAGUCGAACUUGUAGCCCUCCAAAGCUUUCUUCUAUGGCUUUUGACACUUUCAUUUGCUUUUGCUUGCGGUUGUACCUAAAAGCUUCAAUGCCAUCCUCAGAGAGAGUAUAAAAUUCUUCACACUUGUGCUGAUAUUCAGUAAGAUUAAGUCUAUCUUCAUCCUGGAUCAGUUAGACCAGCCGAAACUUUAUAUUCUUUUAUUUUCGAGGUCUGAGUCAGAGGCACUGUGGGAAUAUCCACACCAAAGGAGUAAAUAUAAUUCUUCCCACUCGGCUUCAGCUCUUCAGAAAUUGAUGGGCUAAGAUGGCCAGAUGAUGAAGCCAUACCGACAGUAAUUGAGUUCAACUCCUGGUCGAUUUUAGGGUUGACAAUGCUGAGCAAUCCUUGAGUUCUGUUUCGCUUGGCCAAGGGAGUCUCUUCUACAUCUUCUCCGACAAUGACUGUUGAUGACUUUCGUUUGCAGGUUUCAACAAUCGAGAGAAAGAUGUUAGAUGGUUAUUAAAGGACGAAAGGAAACGAAGGAAAUGAUAAACAAAUUUUUACGAAGUCCUGUCCUGUAAUUACUCUUGAGUAUUGAUAAUGAUGGAUUCGAUGGGGAUGCAUUAGAAGUU